AUGGGCACCAAGAAGAGGAAGAACACAGAAAAAGUACAAGCCCCGACUUCUAGCUCUGUUGCCAAUAGUAGUACUGUUGAUACAGCCCAGUCACUGAAGAAAAAGAAGUCCAAAAAGUGGCAAGAAGUUGAUACAGAAAGAUUACGCCUCUUCUGGCUCGCAAAUAGAGGUAAAGUUUAUCAAACAAACAAAGACGCUUUUGUUGCGUUCGCGAACGAAAACGGUUACAGUUGGUCUCAAGUUCAACGAAAAUACAAAAGCACAAUUAAAGACAAGUCAUCAAUUGAAAUGGAGAACAAAAAGGCAUACUUUGAAGAACAAUCCGCAAAAUAUGCUGAUGAAUUGGUACGUGUCAAGGAAGCAAAGAAACGAAAGUUAGAAGCACCUAAAGUUGUUGAUGAUGACGAAGAGGAAGACGAAAGUGAAUACGAAACGAACACAGAUGAUUCAUCAUCAUCUGAAGACUCAUCAGAAGAAUCAUUAUUUCGCACUCCAUCAAAAUCACACAUCACUAAAACAGUCAAAUAUGAAACCGACUUGUUAGCGUUUCAUCAUUUCGAAACUGCAACCAAGCAUAUUUUUGCGAUUCGUUACCCUUCACACUUGAAAUUUGUUUUUCAAGGUGUUAGUAGAAAAGAAAGGCAAUUGUUGAUUGAUGUUUCCAUUGAAACGAUAUUAGAUUCAAAAACGAUGCAAAAGGUAUUAGAUGAAAUUGAGUUUGACGUUGGUGUCAUACACGAAAAGCAAAGUGGUACGACCUCACUGUACACUUUGAAACAAUACAUUCCAAAAGACGGAGAUAUGCAAACUUUGGCGCCGAUUGAAACGGAAAUGGAUUCUGAUGGAAACAAGAUUUUUGUGAUUGUAUGUGACAAGAAAGUUGACAUUGUUAAACCUGCGAGGGCAGUGAUGGUUUAUUCAAAGAAGAAGAAGAUUGACAGUUCAAAUGCAACAGAACACACUCAACCAAACACACAACCCAUCGAAUAUUCAUCUCCACAACCAGCAACGGAAGCAGGUAACGUCACUGUCGAAUUGGUUGACAAUUUCCAAACGAAGGAUGACAAGGAAGAAGAUGAAUCGGAGAGUGACAAUAACGAAUGA